AGGUGUGGAUUAGUUUGCGGUGAUAGUUGUGUGGACACAACCAUCGGAAAGGGAUGCAGAACAACGAGAACGACUCCUCACAGGUGUUGUCCACCGCUGGCGGCCGAAGAGCUCUUAAACAGCGCUCAACGAUUCUGAAGACAAUUGAACCCAAUUGUGGUAAACCGGGGGCGAAGACAACCCGCGCCACGAAGUCUAACCCCAAAGCCAAACACGUGUCGAGUGUGGGAAGCGUUGGUCAGCCGAAGGACCAGAAGUCGGCAAAAGAAAGCGAAAGCCAACCAAAUGCAAGACCUGUGGCUAAAGUGGAGCCAAACCGGGAGUCAGACAAUGAUAACCACGCGGACAGUGUGGUGAAGCCGAAGACCCGUAACCCCAACAGCCCUCUCGUCGCGCGUUUCGAGAGACCCGACCCUAAGAAGAGGUUCUACUUCUCGGAACAGCUCUUAUAUCCGGGCGGUAACGAAGAGUUC